AUGUCGAAUUCGACAAGCCAAGACCACCACAUAUCAUCGGAGUCUCCCCAUAUCGUGUUAUUCCCAAGCCCGGGAAUGGGACAUCUUACUCCGUUUCUUCGCCUAGCUGUUAUAUUUGCUUCUCAAGGUUGUUUAGUCACUCUUAUCAAGCCACAACCUUCACUAGUUUCAGAUGAAGAAUCUAAACAGAUUUCCAAUUUCUUGAAUUCUCAUUACAAUAUCAACUCCCUUGAAUUCCAUCCCACCAUUCUAAAUUCCGAAAACUCCAUUUCCAAUCUUCAUUAUUCCUUUAUAAACCAAGUCAAAGCCUUGAACAGCUUAAUUCUCUGCCAACUUCCAUCUUUUCUACUCUCCUUACCUAAACCAGCCACCGCCCUUUUCGCUGAUUUCGCAGUUGCAGCCAGCCUGGAAACAGUUUCCUCCGAUAUCUCGAUUCCAUGCUUCCUCGUCUGCACAACUUCAGCUCGAUGUUACUCAACCGUCGCUUAUCUUCCUGAGUUGAUAUCGAAAAUAUCGAAAAACCCAUCUGAAUUUGAAAUUCCUGGGAUAUCCCCUGUUCCAAGAUCUAUUAUUCCUCCUUCAUGGCUAGAUAUUUCUUAUUCAAACGAACUGUUAACGACUUACCUGAUUCCUAACGCGCUAUCCCUUUCGAAAGUAUCAGGAAUCUUGCUGAAUUCUUUCACUUCUUUCGAGAAAGAAACCAUCACUUCCCUAAUGGAAGGAAAAGUUUUGACAAGUCUUCCUCCAAUGUAUCCAAUUGGUCCCUUACAUCCUUAUGAGCUAGAUCAAAUUCAAGAACAUGAUUACUUUUCAUGGCUGGGUGAUAAACCAGCUGAAUCUGUAGUUUAUGUCAAUUUUGGGAGCAGGACUGUUUUAUCAGAUGAACAAACAAUAGAGCUAGAACAAGCACUGAAGAGAAGCGGGUUCCCUUUCAUCUGGGUAUUUCCCAAAUCAUCUUUUGACGAUAGUUUCGUCGAAAGGAAGGAUGUCGAAGGUUUUGUUUUAAAGGGAUGGGCUAACCAGCCUGGAAUUCUGUCACAUCCAAGUGUAGGUGGAUUCAUAAACCAAUGUGAGUGGAAUUCAGUUACGGAAGCUUCUAAGGAAGGAUUGCCUAUAUUGGCAUGGCCACAACAUGGUGACCAUAAGAUGAAUGCAGAGGUGGUUAAGAAUUCUGGGCUUGGAAUAUGGGUUGAGGAUUGGGGUUGGGGAGGGGAGAAACUGGUGAAAAGGAAUGAAAUUGAAGCUCGAGUUAGAGAAUUGAUGGGAGAUAAAAGUUUGAGGGCCAAGGCUAAGAAAGUUGCUAAAGAGGCUAAAGAAGCUUGGGAAGGUAAUGGAAGUUCUAAGCAGGCAUUAUACGGAGUUCUUGAGUUGUUAAUACAGCAGCAGCAGCAGAAGAAGAAUCAUCAUCUUAAGUAA